GGAAAAAGAAAAUAUCAUAUGAGUGUUUAUGUGUAUUUGGAAGUGUUCCUUGAGAUGAUUAAUAUAAAUGUUUAUGUCCACAGGUGGUAGUGGUGGUGGUGGACGAUGUUCGGGGUAGCCGGACGCCAUGCGAGGCGUCGCACCAGCUCGGCGUCGCUGCUGUCGUCAUCGUCGUCGCUGCUCCCCGCCUCUCGCUCCCCAUCUCGUCUGGCAUCUCCGGCUGCCAGGAGGAACACCAGUGCCUCCCUGACGUCCCUGAGCAGGUCACCAGCUCCCCUGGGGGUGAUGCCAUCUCCUGCUCUCUCUCCAGGGGCCUCUGUCUCAGGGACCUCCCCAGGGCGCACUCCUGGCAGGUCCCCUUCACGCUCACCAGGAAGAUCCUCAGUGGGGUCCAUAGAGGGAGCUUCCAGUCUACUAGCCAGACGGCACUCGUCUCUGGCCUCAGAUGGCCAUGGAGUUCUCAUGGAGGAAGACGAAGACGAGGAGGGAGAGGGGGAAAAAAAGACUAAGCUUGAAAAGACUUCAGAUGACGAAGAUGAAGUAGACAAAUCUGAUAAUGAUGAUAAUUUAGAGGAGGAGGAUGAUAGGAGUGAUGGUGAAGGGGCAGUGAGAAGACAUUCAGAGCGGAGUGGCAGCAAGACGUUAGAUGUUACAGGAUUACCUGGCGGUGCGGAAGGUGAAGGCCCCAGUGGAAUGAAGAAACAAGUGAGGCUGAGUCUGCCCAAUGGGCCCUAUGUGGCACGCUACCCAGUGCUCACGUCGCCCUCACCUCUCACAGGUGCUGGCUACUUCCGAAGGAGAACAGCAGUCACCCUCAGCGACCACAAGACCUGUGCUCUCGUACAGUCCAACAUGAAGAUGGGGCUCGGAGAACUCAUGUUGGCAGCGGCUGCCGAGGCGCGGGCGUCGGCAGGCCUAUCCGGUGAGGGCGUGAGCCGGCUAGGGCGGCCGCCCAUCUACGGUGCCAUGGGUGGAAAGAAGGGGCCGCCCUCCCAACCUGGAGUGAAGGGCCCCACAUCUCUCUUUAUACUCUCAGACGAUAACUUUCUUAGGAAGUACACAAGAUUUAUUAUAGAAUGGCCUCCGUUCGAGUACGCUGUGUUGUUGACGAUCAUCGCCAACUGCAUCGUGUUGGCGCUGGAGGAGCACCUGCCAGAGGGCGACAAGACUCUACUAGCGCAGAACUUGGAGAAGACAGAACCUUACUUUCUCUUCAUCUUCUGCGUGGAGGCGUCUCUCAAGAUCCUUGCCCUCGGCUUCGUCCUCCACCCUCGCUCCUACCUGAGGAACAUCUGGAACAUAAUGGACUUCGUGGUAGUAGUCACGGGCGGUAUGACAAUAAUAGCAGCGGACAGUUUUGGCCAAACUGUGGAUCUGAGGAUGCUCCGCUCGUUCCGCGUCCUCAGGCCCCUGAAGUUGGUCUCACGGCUGCCAAGCCUGCAGGUUGUGCUGAAGUCCAUCAUCAAGGCUAUGGCACCGCUGCUACAAAUCGGUUUGCUCGUCCUCUUCGCCAUAGUUAUAUUCGCCAUCAUAGGCCUUGAAUUCUACUCUGGUGCUCUUCAUAAAACAUGCUACAGUUUAGAAGAUUUAGAUGAAAUAGUAACAGAAGGAGAAAUGGAGACGCCGUGUCACACAGACAAUGCAUCUUUAGCACCUCCGGGUGCCUACUUCUGUAAUUCCAGUAUCGCCACGUGUUUGGAGCUGUGGAUGGGGCCCAACUAUGGUAUCACGUCCUUUGAUAACAUUGGUUUUGCCAUGUUAACAGUGUUUCAGUGCAUCACACAGGAGGGCUGGACUUCCAUACUCUACUGGACAAAUGAUGCGCUUGGUAGCAGUUACAACUUUCUCUACUUUGUGCCCCUUAUUGUGUUGGGGUCUUUUUUCAUGCUCAACUUAGUUCUUGGUGUUCUCUCUGGUGAAUUUGCUAAGGAGAGAGAAAGAGUAGAAAAUAGACAAGAAUUUUUAAAACUUAGAAGACAACAACAGUUAGAAAGAGAGUUGAAUGGCUAUGUGGAGUGGAUAUGUAAAGCAGAGGAAGUUAUACUUGCGGAGGAGAGAACCACAGAUGAAGAAAAAGCUCAUAUAAUGGAAGCAAGAAGAAGAGCAGCAGCGAAGAGAAAAAAGCUUAAACACUUAGGGAAGAGUAAGAGUACAGAUACUGAAGAUGAAGAGAAUGAGGCUGAAGAUGAGGAUGGUUUCUCAAGAGCUUCCUACUUGAAAAACAAAGUUAAGAAACAAGGUGCCUGUCAGAAUUUUUGGAAAGCAGAGAAGAGAUUAAGAUUUGGUAUCAGACGGACGGUGAAGCAGCAGUGGUUCUACUGGUUUGUUAUAAUAUUGGUGUUCCUUAACACUGCGUGUGUUGCAGCGGAACACUACAACCAACCCAAGUAUCUCACAGAUUUUUUAUACUAUGCAGAAUUUAUAUUUCUAGGUCUAUUCAUAUCUGAGAUGCUUAUAAAAAUGUAUGCCCUGGGCCCAAGAAUGUAUUUUGAGUCCUCGUUUAAUCGAUUUGACUGUGUCGUCAUCAGUGGCUCUAUAUUUGAAGUUGUUUGGUCAGCCUUCAAGUCUGGGUUUGGUCUGUCUGUGUUACGAGCCUUGCGCUUGCUGAGGAUAUUUAAAGUUACAAAGUACUGGUCCUCGCUACGGAACUUGGUUAUCUCUCUGUUAAGUUCAAUGCGCUCCAUCAUCUCCCUCUUGUUCCUGCUCUUCUUGUUUAUCCUCAUCUUUGCACUCCUGGGAAUGCAGCUUUUUGGUGGCUCUUUCAAUUUUCCUGAAGAAACACCCUUAGCCAACUUCAAUACUUUCUCCAUAGCACUGCUCACUGUAUUUCAGAUCCUAACAGGUGAGGACUGGAAUGAAGUGAUGUACCAGGGAAUUGCAUCUCAGGGUGGUACAAAGUCUGGUAUGAUCUACAGUCUUUACUUCAUCAUCUUGGUGAUAUUUGGUAACUACACUCUUCUCAAUGUCUUCUUGGCUAUUGCUGUUGAUAACUUGGCUAAUGCGCAAGAGCUCACAGCUGCUGAGGAGGAGCAAGAGGAAGAGGAUAAGGAGUCUCAACACCUCCCAGAUCCUGAAAGUCUCAUUCCCCUACAGAAGCAGCAAGCAGAGCAUGAAAAAGAGUUAGAAGCACUGCAAAACAAUACAGACGGUCCUCCGAAGGUAGAAAUAUGUCCACCAUCACCAGGUGGAGAGAGCAAGAUGAACAGCAAACGGGAUGCAGACAAAGAAGAUAAAGAUGCGGAAAAUCAAGAAGACGACAUGGGGGGACCAAAACCUAUGUUACCAUAUUCAUCCAUGUUCAUCCUCUCACCCACAAACCCAAUUCGGAGAGCAGCGCAUUGGGUAGUAAACUUGCGCUACUUCGAUUUUUUCAUCAUGAUCGUCAUCAGUUUAUCAAGUAUUGCCUUGGCCUCUGAAGACCCUGUCAGAGAGGACUCAGAAUGGAACGAGAUUCUGAAUUACUUUGAUUAUGCCUUCACUGGAGUUUUUGCUAUAGAGAUGAUUCUAAAAGUCAUAGAUUUAGGGGUGAUAUUCCACCCUGGAUCGUACCUCAGGGAUUUUUGGAACAUAAUGGACUCCGUGGUUGUCAUAUGUGCUGCCGUUUCAUUUUGUUUUGAUAUGAUACCCUCCCUGCAACUGAAGGGCAGCACCACUGGUCAAAACCUCAGCACCAUUAAAUCACUUCGAGUACUUCGUGUUCUCCGCCCGCUGAAAACCAUCAAGCGAGUACCCAAGUUGAAAUCGGUGUUUGACUGUGUUGUGAACUCCCUCAAGAAUGUGUUCAAUAUUCUCAUCGUGUACAUAUUGUUUCAAUUCAUCUUCGCUGUUAUUGCUGUACAACUAUUUAACGGAAAGUUCUUCUACUGCUCGGAUGAGAGUGUACAUACAAAGGAUGAAUGUCAGGGAGAGUUUUUUGUCUUCAAUGGGUAUGAGCGACCACCAGAUGUGAAGCCAAGACAAUGGAAGCAGCAGAGCUUCCACUAUGACAAUGUAAUGGCUGCAAUGUUAACACUCUUUGCUGUCCAGACAGGCGAAGGAUGGCCACAAGUUCUGCAGAAUUCCAUGGCAGCAACUUACGAAGAUCACGGACCCCAGCCUCAAGUUGCAGUCGAAAUGUCCAUCUUCUACAUUGUUUACUUCAUCGUUUUCCCGUUCUUCUUUGUCAACAUCUUCGUGGCUUUGAUCAUCAUCACAUUUCAGGAGCAAGGAGAGGCUGAGCUCCAAGAUGGAGAGUUAGACAAGAAUCAGAAAUCCUGUAUAGAUUUUGCUAUCCAAGCAAAGCCCCUGGAGAGGUAUAUGCCUAAGGACCGUGUCAGCUUUAAGUACAAGAUCUGGCGAAUUGUCGUUUCUACACCCUUUGAAUAUUUCAUCAUGUUACUCAUUGUGCUCAAUACACUUCUCCUUAUGAUGAAGGUAAGUUUUGCAUUUUUUUAAUGUUUAAAUGCAUUGCAGUCUCAAUGUAAGAAAUUAUAAUGAGUGCUUAUGUGUUAUGUUGCAUUGGCAUCCUGAUUGGAGUUAGGAAAAUAUUUCUGUAAAUUAUUAUACCAUGGGCACACACACAUGCACUCAUGUAUAUAUAAAGAUAUAUGCAUAUACUCCAGGUAUAUAUAUAUACAUGAGUAUGUGCAUGUGUGUACAGAUUGUGAAGUUGAAGUUAGAUAAUGCAGGAGAUCGAGGGAUUAUUUUCCAAUAAAGGUAGGUCAUGAACUGGGAUGUGUAUGCCACCAUGGUUGUUUAACAUAUUUAUGGCUGGGAUUGUUUAAAAAGUAAAUGCUAGGGUGUUGGGGAAAGAUGUGGGAUUAAAAACUAAUGAAUUUGAAUCAAGGUGAGAGUUGUCACAGUUGUUCUUUGCCAACAACACAGCUCUUUUAGAAGUCGGAAGAAAAGUUGUAAUUCAAAAUUCAGAUUCAAAUUUUUAUUUCCAUCCAUAGUUUACAAUGUGUGACUGACAUGUUAUAAGGAGUCAAUUUCCAUCCAUAGUUACAAUGUGUGACUGACAUGUUAUAAGGAGUCUAUUUCCAUCCAUAGUUACAAUGUGUGACUGACAUGUUAUAAGGAGUCUAUUUCCAUCCAUAGUUACAAUGUGUGUGACUGACAUGUUAUAAGGAGUCUAUUUCCAUCCAUAGUUUACAAUGUGUGACUGACAUGUUAUAAAGAGUCUAUUUCCAUCCAUAGUUACAAUGUGUGACUGACAUGUUAUACAGAGUCUAUUUCCAUCCAUAGUUACAAUGUGUGACUGACAUGUUAUAAGGAGUCUAUUUCCAUCCAUAGUUACAAUGUGUGACUGACAUGUUAUAAAGAGUCUAUUUCCAUCCAUAGUUACAAUGUGUGACUGACAUGUUAUAAGGAGUCUAUUUCCAUCCAUAGUUUACAAUGUGUGACUGACAUGUUAUAAAGAGUCUAUUUCCAUCCAUAGUUACAAGUGUGACUGACAUGUUAUAAGGAGUCUAUUUCCAUCCAUAGUUUACAAUGUGUAAUUAAAAUAUUAAUUUGCCAAGUACAAAGAAAGCCACUAUCAUGCCGAGGCAUUUCGGGCAGACUAAUCCUGAUACUUUACAGACUACGUCAUACUAGACAUAUAUAACAUAGUUGGUUCGAAUUGAACGUUGUUUUUAUUACAUCAACAGAGGUAGUAGCUGUUUAGCAGUAAUUAAAUUAACAAGUAGUUGAAUAACAAGUUACAGUAUUAUAUUUUUUGCACAUUGUACAUAAUGAGAUUGAGACCAUUUUAGUUUUGAAAUAAUCUUAUAAAAUUUGGCAAUUUUUGGGUUGAUGGUGAUGAUAGUAUAUAGUAUUUGUGUUGUUAGUUUUGGGAGAUGAGGUGAGUUCUAAGUAGUGCCUUGAAUUGGUGUGCAGGCAGCAGGGGCCCUUUUAUAUUUUCAGGCAAUGAAUUCCAGAUCUUAAGGCCCUUUAUGUACGUUGCAUUUUUGCAUAAGGAGAGAUGGACACGAGAUAUCAAAGAGUGUUUUCUGUCUUGUGUUAUGCAAGUGUGUUCUAUUGUAGUUUUCAAGAAGGAGUUUGUGAGGAAGGUUUAUACUGGAGAAUAAUGUUCUGUGUAUGUAGUAGGCACAAUAAUAUAAGUGAAUAUUUUGUAUUCUGAGCACCUCUGCAAAAACAGUGAUUAUGUGUGAGUGAGAUGAAAGCGUUGAAUGAUGAUGAAAGUAUUUUCUUUUUGGGGAUUUUCUCUCUUUUUGGGUCACCCUGCCUUGGUGGGAGACGGCCAACUUGUUAAAAGAAAAAAAAAAUUGUAUAUUAAGUAGGUUCAGGCUUUUAAAUAGCAGUGGGGUGUAUUGCCUGGCACAGAAGUUUGUAAUCAUUUUCACAGCAGGUUUAAGGUGAUUUGCUAUGGUUGAACCCCAUGUACAAAUUCCAUAGGUAAGGGCAGAUGAGAGAAUGGUAAAGAGCAAGGAGUGCUGUUUGAGAUACAUAGUACUGUAUCUUAGAGAGGAUGCCUAUUGUUUUGGAGAUUUUUUUGGAAAUAUGUUGUAUGUGAGUGUGAAAUUUAAGACAGCUGUCAAUGUGGAGCCAUAGAAAUUUUACGACAGUGUGUCUUGAAAUGGAGGAACCAUUUAUCGAUAUGUUUAGCUGAAUAUUUGCAGCUCUGUUACCAAACUGUAUACGUAUAGUAGGUUUUGUCGAUAUUGAGAGUAAGUUUGUUGGCCGUCAUCCAAGUGGAUAUUUUUAGCAGCUUGUCAUUUACAGUGUUUCUAAGUAUGGUUUGGUUUGGGUGAGAAAAGAUAUAGGUAGUGUCAUCUGCAAAAAAGAACAGCUUUAAAUAGAAAGAGUAAUGGUUCAAAAACACUGCCCUGGGGGACUCCAACUAGAGCAGGUUGUGUAGUGGAGGCAACACCAUUUGUGUAUACAUACUGUGUAUACAUAAUGGUUGUCGAUGAAUUUGGGAAGGUAUGCUAAGGAAGAAAAUUAAAAGUGAGCAAGGGAAAGAGCAAGGUGAUGACUUUAAUAACAAAUCUUUUCAUUGAAAGAUUGGCUGUCAGAUUGGGGGGAGUAAAGCAUGGAGGAAGUAAAUAUGUUUAGAUAUUUGGGAGUGAACUUGUCAGCAGAUGGUUCUAUGAAAAAUGAGGUGAGUCAUAAAAUUGAUGAGCAAAAUUGAGACAUUUGUGAAGACAAAGAACUUUGUCCAUGGAGGCAAAAAAGAAAAUGUAACUGAAUAUAGUGGUACUAACACUGUUUUAUGGGCAUAAAUCAUGGGCUUUAAACAUUGCAGCAAGGAGGAGGCUGGAGACAUCAAAGAUGUUAUGUUUAAGGGUGAUGUGUGGUUUGAAUACUGUGCACAGAAUUCAGAGUGUGAUGAUUAGGAGACAAUGUGGAGUUGCCAAAAAUAUAAUUUAGAAUCCUGAGGAGGGGUUAAGGUGGUUUGGGCAAUUGGAGAGAACAGAGAAUCAUAGGAUAACUAAGAGGAUAUAUAAAGCUGCUUGGAAAGGAAGCAGAGUGCGAGUUGCUUGAACAUCUAACAAACUUAUGUGAGCCUGUUAGAUCAUAAUAAGCAAUGACUUGACAUGCAGUUGAAAUGUGAACAGUUUAACAUUUAUGAAGAGAUUCAGAGAAACCAGUUAGCCAAACUUGAGUCCAGAUAUGUGGGGUGGGGGGAUGGGUGAAGAAAGAUGGCUGGGCCAUGCUGUAUCCCUCAAUCAAUGUAGUAAAUUUUAUUUUUUCUUGUCUGAGCUGGAAGCUGUGAUGACACUGAGGAUGUGCUCUUGUCCUGUGUACACAACUCUGGAGUGGAGAUGAGUCAUUGUUUAAUUCAUGCAGCCUCUGUAGUUGAUAUCUGUAAUGUGUCUUGCUUCAUUAAAAACUUACAGAAAUACAGUAUUUAUUUUAAGAUUUCUUGUCAAAAAAAUGAAAGAGAAGUCUUCUGUAUUAUCAUGGCAGAUAUGAAGAAAGGAGCAAUGGAAAAGAGGGUAGGUGAUAUUUGCAUGGAAAAUAUGUGUCAGGCAUACAUGGGUGGAAGCUAAGAUGUGAGGAACCAAGCCUGAAGAAGUUUUAUUCAACGAACAAGAAUGAAUCUUUAGUAAUUUCUCUAAAAAGGGAGCCCUGUGUUAUAUAUGAAUAUUAGAUGUUUCUUGAAUCAAAAUUAAUGGUGGGUAGGCCCCUUGAAAAUCGUAAGAACAAUUGCCAAAACAUCAAAAGUCCAAAUUUGCAAUCUAAGACCCUAAGUAGUGAUGAGGUUUACUUGUUUAUCAUUCCAGUCUAAGCAUUCAUUAAGUCAUGGCUUCCAAAAGUUGUUCAAAUUUGCCAGCUGGUCAUUGGAUACUUAACUGUGAAGUGUUCUUGUUGCCAGCUAGUGAUUCUCCCUGAAUCUUUGUAUCCACUGAUUGUUUGGAAGUGGAAUGUUGCUUCCGAAGAUUUGGGGGAUGCUUUAGGUGUAUUUUUAGGGUUUCUCUUAAAGCUGAAGUCAUCAGCACUGAAACAGGAUGAAAAAUGAAGCACUUGUGCAACAUUUGGGAAUCUUUACUGAGGAAGCAUUUCACCAAACAGUGGCUUCAUCAGUCCAAUACAAAGAAGAAUGAAGGAAAAAGAGGAGUUUGAGGUAAUCAGUCCCUCAGUCUGAAAUAGAUGCGUUCAGUCCAUCAAUCUUGAAGAAAGUACUUUCUCCAAAAUUGAUGGACUGAACUGUUCCUUUUCUCUUACAAAUAUUAUUAAACAUUCUUCUAAAAUGCUGAUAUUGUAAGUUUGGAAUGUUGUAAGUCAGAACAUCUGAAGUCAGGGCUGUACUGUACAAUAAACUCUCAAUGUAUGUACAGAUGCAUUAUACUAUAUACAGUAGCAAAAAAAAAUGGAAACAUGUAAAACUAAAUAUUAGAAUAGCAUGUCUAGCCAUGUUUUCAUUGCUGUUAUGUCAGAUGAGGCUAGGAGAGGUUUUAAAACCCUAUAUCUGCAACUUACACUGAAGGCACAGAAAUGCUGUCCCCGCAACUCAAGAUAAAUGCGCAUUAACUCCGCCUCCUGCACUGACAUAUAAGGAAGACACUCCAAAGAGGAACAGGACAUGAAAUAAAAAGUGCUGAGCCAGCAGAAUGGAAUUGGGCAUAAAUAUUAUGGGAAAAUAUGGAUCUCAGGAAGCUUAUCUUAUGAUUCUGAAGGCCAGUAAAGCUCAUAAAUUUAUGCAACUGGCAUGUGUAUUAUCUGUGAGAAAGUUCACCAUAUUUUCCCUUGGUAUAAUAAUUACCCAUAGUGCUAGGGAAAUAAAUAAUCAACAUCCAGUAUUUGCAGCCAAGAAACAGUAACCUGUCCAGCAGCAAAAAAAAAAAUAAAAAAAAUAGAAAAUGACUUGUAUUUGAUACAAUACUACGUCCUGGAUAGACAAAUAUAUCGGUGAGCACUUCACCUGUGGGCAGAGAUCCUGCCUUACUUCUUGAGUCUCUAAAACCCUCUUGUCUUAUCAAAGCAUUCUAUAUACAGUACUUCUAGACAGUAUCAGCAAAGGAUUUGACAGGCCAAAAUUUUUAUUAUAACAUAACAUCUGAUCUGUAUGGUGACUUAGCCUAACAUACAACAGUUCAUCAUAAGGCUAUCCUGCUUAAGCACAGAACCAAGAAAAAUUUGCCUCACUGUAAAUAAGCAAAUGUAGACAAUGGGGUCAAGGAGUGGGACCCCAAAUUCUGUUGGCUUUUUUCUUUCUAUUUAAGGGCUAAGGAAGCGUCUCUGAUAUGAGCCCUGCCCCUUCCUUUCGUGCGUGCAGACUGAAGAACGAAAAUAUUGUUUUUGUCCUUAUUGGGAUGGUCUGCGAUGGCCCAAGGACUAAGCAAGAAUCCUACCUCAUUAGUUCAGGGACCACACUCCACUGCAAGAACUACUGGAGAAUAUGAAGUGAAUCCUGAGCAAUCCUGUGAGGUAAGGCUAGAACACUGUAGACCACAUUCCUGACCAAUAUCACAACUUUUGGUAAGAAAAAUAAAUGCCAAAUUCUUUGGGUUGUUCAGCUGAAACUAUUGUGAACAAUAAACAAAAAUAUUAGAGGCCAGCUGUGAAGCUGUGUGAGCUCUUUGAAGGGCAUCAAACAGAUGACAUGCCAGCACUUAGGGCUUAGAGGGAAAGUAUGGUCAUUGGCAUCCAGGGCUUGCCUAGUGUGAAUUAAGCCUUAAAAUUAUUUGACACAUUACAAGUGAGAAACAAAUAAGGCAGCAGAGUACAUGCCUGUAAUGGAAUGGAGGACUUGUAGUACUAAACGGCUAUAGCAAUGUCAGCGAGAGACCAAGUCUGUUCUUAUUGGUCAUUGUCUCCCACAAGCAUAUAAAUGUACAUAUUACAUCGUUUUGAAGACUGAAAAACUAUUUUCUGUGGAAUAAAAACAUGUCUAAAUAACUCAGUUGCACCAGUAAAUUGACCGCCUUGCCACUUGUAGCCCAGUUUGCCCAUUUUGCCUCCUGUUUCCUUUAGGGCAUUCCUAUUUUCUAAUUUAAAGGUGGUUAGGGGCUGACAAGAAGUUCGAAUUACAGCACUGUGAGGCAGAACAACUGAUGUGGAAAGAUGAGGCUCCAGGUAAUUCAUCAAAUAUUCCACAGAGAAAUGUUUUUCAUUUUUCAAAAUGUGUAUCAUACUUAGGUUUGAUGAACCACUAUACAAAUCCUGCCACCAGUACCCAAAAUUACCAUGGAAGCAACUUUAUGCUGCAAAGUGGGAAACUUUAAGGACCAUAACACUGAGACAAGAAACCCACAAUCUGUUUAUUUCAUGAAUUAAGGCAGAAUUACUAGAAUGAGUAUUGGUCAUGAUGGGAUGCAGUGGAUCUUUUAUUGUAGGCCCUGAACAAACAUCUACACUCUCAGUUAGGAAUUUAAAUUGAUCUUCAUUCAUGCCAGAAAAGCUGUGAUAAUUGCAUUCAUACCAGUUCAUGCUAAUUUCCUAAUGCAGAAUUCAAUCAGUGUUGAAUAAUGCUCAUACAACUGUAACCCAGAUAUUUUUAGGGAGAUAUGCAAUGUCAGGACUUAUAGGUAGGUAUAAUGUUUGUCAGGAAAUAGGACAAGUGUUUCCUGACAAGGGUCUUAGUCAUAUGAUGACCCGCAACUGGAGCUUUUGAUCAUUUGACCAAGGCCUACUGCUGGCUUACUGGGAAUCAAAAAUUUAUGGUUAUGAUUAUAACCAUUUCUAGGACUUACAGCUUAACCUUUCUUAGUAUUUUUGACUUACCAAAUAGUUUUUUAGGCUUUAUUCUAUUUCAAAUUUAUACUAAUAUAGUUCAUUCCAUGAUAUAACCUCAGGUCUUUGAACUGGAUACCAUUUCUGAUUUUCUGUUUAUUACCUAAUUUGUGUCAGAGUACAGCCAGAAGCUCACUGUGAACCAUUCUGUUGCCCAACAAAUGGCCACUCUGUUCCCCAAUAUGGAACUAAGAGUAGAGGCAUCAUCAUUCUUAAUAAACAUGUGUUGAUUUCCUAAUCUCAAUAGGAACAUAGCCCUAAAAUAGGAAAUUUUAUAUUUCAUCAGGGUAAUAAAAGCUUCUCAUCUGUCUUGAGUUUUGUUAACUACUGUUUGAACACGAAUAAAUGAUAUUUUAAUGUCAUCUCUAGGAAGAGCAUGAAGCCUCGUGGCAUAAUUAUAGUAUGUGUCUUCUUUCAUGUGAUGGAUAUCUUAACUCUUAACUCUUAUGAGUUUGGAAGAAAUUCUAAUCAUGUUGGAGUUUUUGUUUGAUUACCUAUUUUUAGUUACAGGAGCAGAGUUAACCUUGCAGUGUAAAAUCUUCAGCUUCUACUGCCUUCUCUUAUGAACCAUUCUAUUGCUCUACCAUUGUUUGUGAAAAAAGGCCUUUUCUUCUUGUUGAGGGUGAUGAUAAAUCUUCCUGGUCAGUAAAUAUCACAAUAAAGGAAAGAAAAUCUGCUUAAAUAUCACAAAUAUAGAACAGAAAGUAAAACACUGUACCAGAGAGAAGAAACACAAAAGAAACACAAAGUAACUCAAGAAAUUGAGAAAGAACAAAUACUCCACUAGGUCUAUUGACUUAUACUAGGCAGGUCAAAUUCACACUCAACCACACCUCCUCAUGUAACUUUCCAGCCUAUGUUUAUAGCUACUCAGAGUUAUCACUCCAGUGAUGCUACCUAGAAGUUUGUUCCACUCAUUUACAAGUUUGCUGCUAAGCCAGUACCUGUCUAUAGUACGGGUGUAAUACAUUCAGCAAGUUAUAUAUAUCCCACUUUAUUGAUUCCCAUUUUCCAUUUGUAUACUUCAUCAUAUUUCCCGUAAUUCUGUGUUUCCAGUAAUGAUCAAAAUUAUUCUGCCUAGUUGACUAGUAGGUUGUUGACUUUGGUCAACCCCUAGAUAUGGAUGUAGGGUCUAUGCUCAGGACUUGCAGUAAAAAACCUCUACAGUUACUUUUAGACCAGACAUGCUCUAGAGCUGUUCAAUUUUCAGUUUCCCAACUAUACAGGUUAUGAGCCUCUGUCUCAGUGCUAAGAAACCAAGUUCCUACCUUCCAGAUGAAGGCUAGCUCCCUCCGAUAUGAUUUAGGGGGACUGGUUGGUGGUGGACUCCUAAAAAGAAUGUCAGUUCUCACGUUUGGGAUAUGUUUCAAAGGAUAAAACACUAAUUUUGUUUUAGAGUUCAGUAAACCACUGCUGCCUCACAUAUACUGUUUAGAUUUAGGGUGUUGGAAUUGUUUGCCAUAGAUUUUGAGAUCUAGAGAAAAUGAUAGGCAGAAAGAGGCAUACUGAACUGAAAGUAGCAGAAAUGCAAUUAAGUUACUUUUUUGAUGUUGUUAUGCCCAAGUUGUUCAUCAAAUCACAUACAGAAAUCCAUUUUCAUAACUCAAAAUGGUGUAAUUUGAGAUAGAGUUGGUGGCAGUUUUUGAAUUUUUUAAUAUUUUUAAUUGUAAUUGGGGAGGUCAUAGUGCCUGCCUCAUUUUCCCACAUAUUAGUUAUGCAUAUGCAUAAAAAUUUAUGCUACACUAUGCUAAAGGGCAGCAUAGCCCUCUGAUAGUCAGUUAAGAAAUUACUUAGCUUAUUCAGGUACAGUAUUGAUGCUUUGACACCCUUAAUGCUUUUGUUGGACAGUGUUGUCUGGAGUAUCAGGCUUCUCUUUGUGGAAGAUAGCAUAUCUAAAAUAAAAUUUGCUCUUAUCAUCAGAUUUGAUACACACACAUGGCACGCACACACACACACACACACACACACACACACACACACACACACACACACACACACACACACACACACACACACACACACACACACACACGCACGCAUACGCACACACAUGCACACGCGCACACACACACACGACAAUUUGAAAAUGACAUAGCAAAAGCCAAAUCUGACCCGAAGCUGUUCUACAGCCACAUCAGGAGGAAAACAACAGUCAAGGACCAGGUAGUCAGACUGAGGAAGGAAGGAGGAGAGAUCACAAGAAACAACCGCAAAAUAUGUGAGGAGCUCAACAUGAGAUUCAAAGAAGUGUUCACAGAGGUGACAGAAGGGACUCCAGAAAGAUGGAGAGGUGGGGUACACUGUCAAGUGUUGGACACAAUACAUACAACCGAGGAAGAAGUGAAGAGGCUGCUAAGCGAGCUAGAUACCUCAAAGGCAAUGGGGCCAGAUAACAUCUCUCCAUUGGUCCUGAGAGAGGGAGCAGAGGCACUAUGUGUAUCACUAACAACAAUCUUCAACACAUCUAUUGAAACAGGGCAACUACCUGAGGUAUGGAAGACAUCAAAUGUAGUCCCAGUUUUUGAAAAAAGGAGACAGACAUGAAGCAUUAAACUACAGACCAGUGUCCCUGACAUGUAUAGUAUGCAAAGUCAUGGAGAAGAUUAUCAGGAGAAGAGUAGUAGAGCACCUAGAAGGGAAUGAGCUUAUCAACGACAUCCAGCAUGGUUAAAGGGAUGGGAAAUCCUGUGUCACAAGAGAGAGAGAGAGAGGGGUGGGUAGAUUCCAUUUCUUGGACUGUAAACAGGUAUUUGACACAGUUCCACACAAGAAAUUAGUGCAAAAGCGGAAAGACCAGGCAGGGAAUAACAGGAAAGGCACUGCAAUGGAUCAAGGAAUAUACCUGUCAGGAAGACAACAGCGAGUCAUGGUACGUGGUGAGGUGUCAGAGUGGGCGUCUGUGGUGAGUGGGGUUCCACAGGGGUCAGUCUUAGGACUGGUGCUGUUCCUGGUACAGUGGAACCCUGAAUUUCGGCUGUAAUUCAUUCCAGGAGCUAGGCCUAAACUCGAAAUGGCCGAAAGUUGAAGCAGUAUUUCCCUUAAGAAAUAAUGUAAAUCCAAUUAAUCUGUUCCAGACCCACAAAAAUAUUCACAAAAAAUAUAUUUUUAAAGAAUAACUGUAGUUUAACAUACAAACAACAAAUAUAAAUGCUUGUCGUAUACAGGGUAUACGACAAAUUUUAACCAUACAAUAGAGCAGAAAAUUAAUGUGAAGGUCCUGGGAGUGAUGAUGUCAGAGGAUCUUGCUUUCAAAGACCACAAUAAUGUAUCUACCUCAUCCACUAGGAAAUGAUAGGAUGGAUAAUGAGAACCUUCAAAACUAGGGAUGCCAAGCCCAUGAUGAUUCUCUUCAAAUCACUUGUGCUCUCUAGGCUGGAAUACAGCUGUACACUAAUGCCCCCCUUCAAGGCAGGCGACUUUGCAGACUUGGAGAGUGUACAAAGAACUUUCACGGCACAUGUAAGUACGAUAAGGCACCUAAACUACUGUGAAUGGUUGAAGGUCCUUGACUUGUAUUCCCUUGAAUGCAUUCAAGAGAGAUGCAUGAUAAUAUACACUUGGAAGGUCCUGGAGGGAUUGGCAUUAAACCUGCACACGAAAAUCACUCCCUAUGAGAGCAGAAGACUCGGCAGGAGAGGCACCAUUCCCCCGAUGAGAAGCAGGGGCACCAUGAGUACAUUGAAAGACAACACAAUAAGUGUCCGGGGCCCAAGACUGCUCAAUUGCCUCCCAGCAUACGUAAGGGGGAUUACCAAUAGACCCCUGGCUGUCUUCAAGAAGGCACUGGACAGGCACCUAAAGUCAGUACCUGACCAACUGGGCUAUGAUUUGUAUGUCAGCCUGCAUGUGGCCAGCAGCAACAGCCUGGUUGAUCAGACCCUGAUCCACCAUGAGGCCUGGUCUCAGACCAGGCCGUGGGAGCAUUGACCCCUGAAACCCUCUCCAGGUAAACUCAAGGUAAUAAGUAAACAUUUAAAAUCACAUUUAUGUAUCUUUAUUGAAGAGUCUUGCUGGCAUCUGGAAGAUAGGGAGGAGGAGAGAGGGAGGAUUUAUUGUUUGGAAGGGGAAUCCCCUUUCAUAAUGACUUUAGGUAACAAGUCCUUAUCUUGGGCUACUUCCCUUCUUUGUCUUUUAAUGCCACUAGGACCAGCUUGAGAGUCACUGGACCCCUGUCGCACAAAACAUUUGUCAAGAGUGCUUUGUUUCUGACAACUCUUUAAGAUUUCCCUGAAGUGGGACAAGGUUUUGUCACUGGACAUGUUGCAGAUAUUGCUUCUUUCAGCUUGGUCAGGUUGAUACUUUUAAACAAAACUUUGCAACUCAUUCCACUUUGCACACAUGCCCUUAUUCACUGAAGAAGGCACCUCCUUCACUCCCUCUUCCUCGUCUUCUGAAGCAAGUUCCUCAGCUGUGGUCUGAUGCUGUUCCAGUUGAAGCUCUUGCAAUUUAUCAGUGGUUUGCUCUUCCCUGUGGUUCUCCACUAAUUCUUCCACAUCCUCGCCACUCAACUCCAACCCCAUAGACUUGCCCAAUGCCACAAUACCUUCCACAACAGGCAGAGGGUCGUCAGGGUCAGCCUCAGACCCUUCAAAAUCCCUCUGGAUGACACAUUGUGGCCACAGUUGUCUUCAAGCAGAGUUCAAAGUCCUGGAAGUCACUCCCUCCCAAGCCUUACCUAUAAGGCUUAUCCAGUUGUAGAUAUUGAAGUGAUUCCUCCAGAACUCUCUUAG